AACAGCCUGCCAACCACUGCCACGUUUUCAUCUGUUGGUAAACACCAGCUGCUGGUUGGUCUUAAGGGAGGAAGGCUGAAUUAGUUCCAGAUGGAGAGCUCUUUUAGCCCAUUUCAGACUUUCCAGUUGAUUUAAGACAGCAGGCAGGAAAAAUAGAAUACACCACAUGAAGAAGCAUGUGAAGCUUAUUUUCAUGCAAGAUGUUAUUUGGGGGACCAAGUACACUCUUCCAGGCCAUGGGAGAUGAAAGACUAAUCGCAUGAUACUUUUUCGUCGAAGUGCUGUUCUGUGCUAAGUCGAUGUUGGUUUGUAUUAAGGACAAAUACUAAUUUCCUAAUGUCAGGAUGUCGACUGAGACAAGUGCUCAGACACCGGAGGAACCUAAUCCUGCCCCCCUUGAAGAAAAGCCAAAGGGAAAAUCACUAUUUCAUUUGGGUUCGCUCUUUGCUAACAGGAGUGAAAAAUUUGUAAUUGCUAGGAGUGAUAGCGUACCAGAGGAGAACGUUCUGAAAAUCACUAUCACGGAGACGACGGUCAUUGAGUCGGACUUGGGCAUCUGGAAUUCUCAUGCUCUCAUCUACCUCACUUUGUGGUUUUUCUUCAGCUUUUGCACUCUUUUUCUUAACAAAUACAUUCUUUCGUUACUGGAAGGAGAGCCCAGCAUGCUAGGUGCUGUUCAAAUGCUUUCAACCACCUUCAUUGGCUGUAUAAAAAUGUUUGUUCCAUGCUGCUUGUAUCAACACAAAACGCGCAUCUCUUAUCCACCCAAUUUCAUCAUGAUAAUGCUGUUUGUUGGAUUAAUGAGAUUUGCAACAGUAGUCUUGGGUCUUGUCAGCUUGAAAAACGUGGCAGUUUCAUUUGCAGAAACUGUUAAAAGCUCUGCACCUAUUUUUACUGUUAUCAUGUCUCGGAUGAUAUUAGGGGAAUACACUG